AUGGCCGAGUCCGACACUCCGGCCCAGCCUCAGCCCAGGCUCGAUGGCCUGGGCAUCUUCUGGAUCGUCUUCACCCUCAUCUGGACCUUUAUCGUCGCUGGUGGCAUGUACUUCCUCUGGCGUCGUCGCGACAUGCCCAUGCUUAGGAUUCGGGAGCUUCCGCUGUCUUUUGCUGCUGUUAUCCUGCUCCACCUCUACUGGGGUGCUAUCCAGACGGGCUAUGUCUACUUCCCGCUGUUCACACCAGAGGGCGAGUACUGGAUCAUGAGCCUCUAUUUUCCUUUCGGUAUCGCUUUAUUCCACGCUUCCAACAGCCGUUUCCUAUAUGUCGCCAAACAACAAAAAGAACUCUUCGGAUCCGAAGAAAAGUCGCCCUACAAGCAACGUGUUCGACCCAAUUCGCUCCGCAGCCGCUUCCAGUCUCUCGAUUACUCUAAGAAAAUUCUUGUCACGAUUGGGUUAGGAAUGGCGGUUCAGUUCAUCCUUACUAUUAUCAUGUGGUGCAUCUCCAGGAAAUUCCACCCGUCCUGGGGUGUUGCUGGCACAGAGGUCCAUCCUGGCACCAAGCAAUAUGAACAGUCUCAGGUCGGAAAGGGCUGGGAAUGGUGGCCCUCGGUGUUCUGGCAGUUUGUGUGGGCAUGGAUAGUCGCCCCUUACAUCCUGUGGCAAGCCCGUGGUGUCAACGAUACGCAGGGAUGGAGGACUCAAACCAUUGCAUGCUGCAUUUCUAGUCUCCAUGCCACUCCUAUGUGGCUCAUCGCUUUGUAUGUCCCAGCCAUGGAACCCAUCAAUGUAUACUGGAUUCCUCCCCAAUGGCUCGCCAUCUCUAUCAUGGUCAUUGAGAUCUUCACCAUCUUCUGGCCCUGCUGGGAAGUCAUCCAGCAUCAGACCCUCAGGCAAGAGACCCUCGACUCCAUCGCUCAAUGGGAGAUCAACAAGAAGGCUGGUACCCAUGGUGCUAGAUCUGUUGCUACUGGAUCCACGACUGUUGCCCCGUCCGCUCUGACAUCUUGGUCCAAGGACGGUUCCGUCAAGAGCAGCGCCUCAGGUGAGAGCAUCCUCACCAUGGAGGCUCUUGAGUAUGUCCUCGAGCGCAACCCUGAACCCCUCCAGCAAUUCUCAGCACUACGCGACUUCUCCGGAGAGAACAUUGCCUUCUUGAGAGCCGUCGCUGAGUGGAAGUCUUCAUUACCACCUUCUGUUCGCGACCCUACCAAGAUCAAGGAACCCGCAGUGCAAGAACUCGUCCGCGAACGUUUCAACAGCGCCCUCCGCAUUUACACCGGCUUUGUUAGCUCCCGCGAUGCUGAGUUCCAGAUCAAUCUAUCCUCACUUCACCAGCGCAAGUUGGAAAACGUGUUUGAGGACACCGCCCGUAGUCUCUAUGGCGACAAGGGCAGCGUUGACCCAGCACUACCCUUCGAGACCUUCCAAAUGACCAGCACAGCAAACAAGGUCAAAUCAUCAGCUGCCUCGAUGACUGGGUCCGAGACUGGCAUUGUCGCGACGAGCUCAUUCAACGAUACAGGAAGCCAGAGCGACAAGACACUCUAUUGGGGCGACAUCCCUGAAGGCUUCGACGCGACAAUCUUUGACGACUCCGAAAAGCACAUUAAGUACCUUGUCCUGACCAACACUUGGCCCAAGUUUGUUAAAGACCGACGAUGCUCAAUUGACUCUGGCGAUACCCUCGAGGCUGGAAAUGGAAUCGCUGCAGGGCGAUAA